AUGGCGGAUAACAUGCCAAGACAUGAGAUGUCGCAGAUGUCGACUGGGAUUCGGUCUACACAGUCGCAAAUAAAACCGACGCUCGAGAUCGACAUCGAUUUGAGCGACAAGACGGAUUACCUGGACAGCAUAAAGGAGUUCAAGAAAACCCUAACUCAGCCGCAGCUGGACAUCCACCCAUCGUGGAGUGGCCUCACCAUAAGCGAAACAUCUCGAGAUCAACUAGAAAUGCAAAUUCAGGCUGAAAGAAUCCUGAACAUAUUGAACAAUGCUUGUGAUAAAUUACAAUUCGUUGGAGCUAUACCACAACUUCUGCGAAACGAUUGUGAAUUAAUCAAGAAGUAUUUAUCGUCGGAAGAGGCAGACGUAGUCAUUAGGAGAUUUAGUAAAUUUAGCGACAGUGAAAGCGAUUCAUUAAGGAAACAAAUUAAAGUCAAGAGUUUAGUGGGAUGUUUCUUGGAUGUGGACAUUCAGGAAGCAUUAUCGUACAUACAGCAAAAUCAAUGUUUAAAUCUAUAUGUGAAGCAAUCUGGACAGCAACUGGACCCAUUUUCCGCUGACUUGGUCAAAUCAAUGAAUGAACUCACCGAGAUAUUGAAAGAAAAACUGAAAACUACGGCGGCAGAUGAAAGAGAUCGAAGAGCCCGAUUGAAAAUCGCUCUGAGAGAUACGAAAGAGCGCUCAUUGAAUAUAAAACGUUUGGGAGAAAAGUUGACAAUUCAGGUUCGAGAAAUGGCUAUAAAAUUGCAAGACAAGAAUGUUUCCAUUGAACGAACCAAAAAAAAAAUUGAAGAAAUUAAAUCGAAAUUCAAACGCAAGAUCAGUGAUGUAGUAAACUUAUCGGAAAAAGCUAUGAUGAUUGAAUGGGAUGAGAGUGAGGCAAAGCAAAUGCAGCUCGCGGCUGAGGCUAAAACUGCCCAGCAACAAUACCAGUUGCUUCUCGAUCAGCACUUGGCCGACGAGAAGUUAUUAAGGGCUAAACGUCUCAAAGUGGAAGCGCAACUUGCAAACUGGCUUUCAAAGUACGACACAGAUAUCGGGGAACGACAGGCUCAAAUGGACGAGCUCAUGGAGGGAUAUGAAGAGGAAAAGGAGCAACUUACCGAGCUUGAAAAUAUGAUUGCCGAGCAGAAUAUCCUGUACGAUGAAUAUUUCGAAGAGAAGACCUUCGAAGAUAUCGCAGCGUUUAGACAUAAAGUGGAACAAUUCAUGGAAGAGCGCAGUGCUAAAAUCAUUCAAAGAGCGUGGAGAGCAUAUAAGGCUAGGAAGCUUGCUCGUAAACGAGCUCGAAGAGCGAGAGCUGCUGCACGUGCUGCAAAGAAAGCGGCGAAGAAAGCAGGAAAGAAGUAAAGAAAUCAGG